GUCUAACAUGCAGUUCAUCGGGGAGUGAGCGCAAUUGGAGUGCUUUUGAGAUGGUACACUCAAAGCGAAGGAAUCGUUUACACCAAAGGAGAAUGAAUGACUUGGUCUUUGUCAUGUACAAUUUGAAACUGAGACAAAGGCACAAGAAUAGACAAGCAAUCAUGAAUCCAUUAUGUUUGGAUGAUGUUCCAUCAGACGAUGAGUGGAUAACAGAGAGAGAGAAGCCGACUCUUCCAAGAGAAGGAAAUUGGUUGAGUGUGCUUGAUAGGAAUGCUCGACAUGGAUGUCAUUCAGAAGAUGAGGAGGUAGAUGCUCUUGCAAGGGAUUUGGAACAAGCAUGCCAUGACCAUAUUGGAGAAAAUGUUGGUGAAAUUCAUGAAGUAAGUGAUGAUGAUGAUAUGGAUGACAACAUGAAUGCUCCAAGGGAUUUUGAUCAUGACUUUGAUGAUGCUACUAUUGGUGAUGAUGACAUUGAGGAGUUGGGUGAUACUGUGGGUGAUGAUGAAGAUGAGGGAGACAAUAAGAUCAACAAUGUUGUUGAUUGUGGCAAUGAUGAUUUCGGCGAUGAAGAUGAUGACUUAUUUUAGUCUCUUGUUUAUUUAUUCUUCUCUUAUUUUAGUUUGUUUUGUUAAGGAUAUCAAUGUUCUGCAAGUGUUAACUUGAAGACUUGAAGUUGAAUUGCUAUUUUCUUUUAAUAUGUUCUUUUGUUAAGAUUUGAGGAAAAUGUUUGAAUGACAACUUGAAUUGCCACCUUCUUUUAUUA